AUGGCCGGCCCAGUGACUGUGCGCGACGGCGCGCGGGAGGUGGAAGGGGCGCUAGAAGUGGACGACAAUGUCAAGUACCACUACAUUUCGGAGAUGAUCCUGUUAGCCAGCAACUCUCACGACAACAUCAUCAAAGUCGUAGACAUCAUCCAGAGGGAAGACGCCAUCAUGCUCGUUUAUGAGUAUCCGAAUUUCAAGCCCGUAAUAGCCAGUUUUGACGCUGCACAGAUGAAUAUGGCCGGACUCGACCAACCGUUGCCAAUUGUUGGCCUGCCUCUUGGUAACUUUGGAUACGCAGCUCCAGAAUAUGGGGUCGCAGCAAGCGGGCUGACGGAGAAGGUCGACACAUACAGCUUUGAGGUGCUGAUGCUGGAGCUCGUCACGGGGCGGAUGGCCAAUGAAUUUAGAGCGGACGGUCAUUUGGCGACUUGGGCGCGGAAGAACUUCACUAAGCUGAUGGCAAACCAACAGGAAAUGUUCCAGAGUGCCGUGGACCGGGACAUCCCAGAUCAAGCGCGGUACAUGGAGGAGAUGGCAACUGUGUUCAUGCUGGGCGUGGAUUGCACCGUCGGUGAUCCGAAGCAAAGGCCAUCCAUGCAGAUGGCUCUCCAACGAUUACGCCGCGGCUGUGGGCGUGGCCCAUUCCGUGGACUCCUCACCUGCUAUCUGUUGGUCACGUUUUAUAUCUACGUUCCUUCUGCUGCUGAAGCAGCACUGAACUAUCGAACAGGAUGCCCCUGCCAUACCCAUUGCUACAAUGCCUUCUUCCAUCACGAGACAGCGACCUCUGGUACUUAUUAUACUGCUGUCUAA